AUGGACAAUAAGCUUAACCCUAAUUCUCAUACGUCUCCUUCCUGGUCAGAGCUUCCUCUAGAUCUCCUGAUUUCGGUGUUUGAACGUUUCAGCUUUGCUAAUUUCCAACGAUCCAAAUCAGUAUGUUCGUCUUGGUACUCUGCUUCGAGACACUCCGUGCCCAAAAACCAGAUCCAUUGGUCGAUUCUUUUCCCUGAAGACAACACCAACAACAACAAUGACAGCCACUAUUCAUGCACGUUGUACAACCCCGAUGAAAAAGACAAGCUUUACAAAACGCAAGAUCUUGGUGUUGAGUUUGCAAAAAACGUUUGUAAGGCAACCUAUGGAAGCUGGCUCCUAAUGAAGGAUCCUCUGAAUAAGCUCUACAUUGUGAACGUCUUUACCAACGAGAGGAUCAAUCUACCUCCCGUGGAGUUAUUAUGGAAAGAUUAUGAGUUAAACACUACAAGUCGCCAAAAAGAUACAUACAAUGGUAGGAUUAAGUCUGUACGAUCCCCUGUGUUUUGCAUUGACGAGAAAACCAAAGAUUAUCUAGUUAUAUGGGGAUUUGGAUUUUGGUGUGUGGUUUACUCCAAGAAAGGAGAUACCUCGUGGAAUAAGAUCCCGGAAACUUCAUUUUGUUUCAACAUGGUUUACAGGGAUCACAAGAUUUACUUCCUAAACUUCCAUGAUGUAUUCAAAAUCUUUGAUUUUUCUGGAGAGGUUCCACAACAAACCUUUGAGUGGAUGGUCUAUGUGGACAAAUGGCCUCGGGUUCAUUGUCAUCCACCGGAUAACAAUUGGCACAGUAAUGUCACAACACUUGUAGUCACAUUGACAGGAAAAGUCCUCAAGGUUGAACGAAUGUGGGUAGUGAGUUCUAGAACCUGGUCCCUCAGGGUUUUCGAGGUUUAUUCAUCAGACAUCCUGAAGAAAAAAGAACGGCGGAUCCAUUCGCUGGGAGAUGAGUCGAUUCUUUUGGAUCAAGGCAUCACUGUGCUCGCCAAUGACACUGAUGGAUUCGUUAGGAAUACAAUCUAUUUCAGUGAUGCAUUCUGUUUCAGAAAUCAUAUGUUUACCUUCAAUCUUGAGACACAGAAGACGGAGCCUCUGCACACAUUUGAUAUUUCCUCCUUUCAAUUCUCUAGCGUUCAAUGGUUCGUACCUCGUUUCACGCUUACAUGA